AUGCGAUUCAGUAAAACCGCCAGAAACCUGAACAAAGUCUUCUUAACCUGUGGAGCUUCUGCUACAGCAGAUUCUCGCUGCAAGUAUUUUCAGUGGAUCCACACAUCACAUUGCGGGCUGUUUCUUUGAUCCAACACAUCCGUUGAGCUAGCAGAAGAUUGAUGGCGAAAUAGGGUACACUUUUUUGGUUAGUGGAGUCAAUAUUCGUAAAACGUAACAACCAGGUCGUGUAAUUGUCUUCAGCGGUAAUCGUCAUUCGCCAACAGUCAGGAGGACCUGUAUAAGCAAACCCCGUGGGUAAUUGUUGGUUUAAAUCCUGCUCCAUCCAGCGAAAGACUUUGCCCAUAAAUUCAAAACCAUUGGGGGCAUCUUGCACAUCUGAUUUUCUGAGUUUGGGCAAAAUCUCUUUCCAUUGGUUGUUGCUGAACGCUUCGGCAUAUUGUUGAAAUAAAAUAUCGGUAUUGCUACCUUUGUAGAGAUGAAGUAAAGAUCGGUAAGAAAAAGGUUUGGUGGGUCGUUGUUCUGCUUCAUGGUGUAGGGUGAGAGAGGGACUCGUAUGAGACGUAACGACAUGAGGAAUAGGAUUGAGAGCCCCAGGUAAAAACACACUAGCUAACCCCACUUUCCAUUUGCCUGGUAACCACUGUGGAGCUUCUGCUACAGCUUCUGCUACAGCAGAUUCUCGCUGCAAGUAUUUUCAGUGGAUCCACACACCACUCUUUAAUGAGAGGAGACCCAUCCAGCAGCUCAAGUUUGCUACGAAACAGACCCAGACACAGUGGUUACAACAAGCGGAAAAGAAUGUGGAAAAGUGGAAACGCCAACAAGAAUGGCUGGAUCAGUUUGCUGAAUCCACCCAAAAGCAAAACGAACAAUGGGAAGCUCAGACAAAACCAAGCAAUCCGUGGAAGAAAACUCUACCAAGUACCUUUUAUUGGAGUUCAGAAAUUACCCAAACCUACAAGAAAACCGAAGGGUGGAAA